CCCCGCCUUCCCCACCUCCCGUUAGAGCGCACGCAGGUGCGGGACCGCUCCCGCCGCGCCCCGCGCAUCGGCUCUCGGGGGGCUCCGGCCCUUCCCGGGGACAUGCGGAGCGCCAGCAGCGGGGUAAACCCAGCGUCCUGCCCCAGAGCCACGGGCGGGCGCGCCGGCAGCCCCCUCCCGCCGGGAGCCCCCGCCCCGCCCGCCCGCGUCGCCGGCUGAGACCGCCGCGGUGGCUGCGCGGAGCCGGGAAAGGCACGUCCGGGCGGCGGGCGGGCGGGGGACGGGCGCUGCCGGCCGGAGGGGACGGAGCGGGACGAACUUCACCCGAACUCGAGCGGGGCGGCCGCGGCCCGGCGCUGUCCGCGGUGCUGGCGCUGUCCGCGCUGCUGCCCGGUCCCGGCCCGACUCCUUUAAGAUGAUGCAAUCGGCAUCGCCCGCCGCGCUCCCGGCCCCGCGCCGCUGAGCGGAGCAGCGGGGAGCCGAGCAGAGCCCCGCAGCGCCGGCAGCGGCAGCGGACCCCGGCGGAGCGGCCCCGGCCCCGGUGGCCCCGGUGGCCCCGGCGGGGCGAUGGGUGUGCCGCCCGCCGCGGAGCCGCCGGAGCCCGGCAGCCCUUAGCGCCGUCUGCGGGGUUUCUGCAAGUCAUCUGAGGCGGCCGGAACGCGCCCCCCCCGCCCCGUGCUCCCCGAGCCCCGUCUGAUUCGUUCGGGGGGUUGUUGUGGGGUUUUUCCUUCCUCUCCCCAUCGUGCUGUAUGCUUUGGUCUCUGUCCUCACCUGCCACGGUUAACUUUCCUGUGACUCGGGUUAACUCUUGAGACCUCCACGGAUGUUGCUAAGAGCACUUUUCCUGCCUUUGCUGUCCCUUGCUGGGAUCGGAUUUCGUACUCGCUGGACUCUGUGUGCCUGUAUGUGUGUUCUGAGUGUCUUGAAAUUUUGCUUUCCUUUCCAAGAGCUGUGCAUUAACUGUAACCAAGACCCAUGAAGGACCGUAGGCUUGGCUUGACCUUGAUUUUGAUGGCUUUGUUGGAAGAUGUAAUGAUGUGAUUGCAUUUCGUGAAGUGAUUGCUCUCCAGCCUCUGUGGCUCAGGGUAGAAGCCACUUCUGCCUCACUGUCACUCAUGGACAAUUUGGGGUUUUUUUAAACAAACCUUUUGGCUGUUUUUCUUUUCUCACUUCCCCUUUGCCCCCUGUUUCUCCUCAGUGUUGGGAGCUUUAUUCUACUCUUUAAUGUGAUUGAUAGUCCUGCUGCUUCCUGCUGCUGAUUUCUGUUUCGAAGUACAAUGGCUCUGAGUGGCAACUGCAGGACUUACCUUCCUUCUCGAGAGCAGGGAUCGGGGCUGCACUCCUUCCCAGAGGUAGUGGAGCUAAAUGUGGGUGGCCAGGUUUACUUCACUCGCCACUCCACCUUGGUUGGCACCCCUCACUCCCUGCUCUGGAAAAUGUUCACCCCAAAGAGAGACACGGCCAAUGAUCUGGCCAAGGACUCCAAGGGAAGAUUCUUCAUUGACAGAGACGGUUUCCUUUUCCGCUAUAUUCUGGACUAUCUCAGGGACAAGCAAGUGGUUCUGCCUGACCACUUCCCAGAGAAGGGAAGGCUCAAGAGAGAGGCUGAGUACUUCCAGCUCCCAGACUUGGUCAAACUCCUGACUCCUGAUGACAAGCAGCAAAGCCCUGAUGAUUUUUGCCACAGUGACUAUGAAGAGGUCUCCCAAGGCAGUGACACAAGAAUAUGCCCACCCUCAUCGCUCUUACCGCCUGAUCGCAAGUGGGGAUUCAUUACCAUUGGGUACCGGGGGUCCUGCACUGUGGGCAGGGAGAGCCAAGCAGAUGCCAAAUUCAGGAGGGUCCCGAGGAUUUUGGUUUGUGGAAGGAUUGCUCUGGUCAAAGAGGUCUUUGGAGAAAGUUUGAACGAAAGCAGAGACCCAGACAGGGCACCAGAGAGGUACACCUCCAGGUUCUAUCUCAAGUUCAAGCACCUGGAAAGGGCUUUUGACAUGUUGUCCGAGUGUGGAUUCCACAUGGUGGCCUGUAACUCCUCGGUGACAGCUUCCUUUGUCAACCAGUACACAGAUGACAAGGUCUGGUCCAGCUACACUGAAUAUGUCUUCUACCGCGAGCCCUCCCGGUGGUCCUCGUCCCACUGCGACUGCUGCUGCAAGAACGGCAAAGGCGACAAGGAGGGAGAGAGCGGCACGUCGUGCAACGAGCUGUCCACAUCGAGCUGUGACAGCCAGUCUGAGGCCAGCUCCCCGCAGGAGACCGUCAUCUGCGGCCCUGUCACCCGCCAGCCCAACAUACAGACUCUGGACCGGCCGGCCAAGAAGGGGCCGGUGCAGCUGCUGCAGCAGUCCGAGAUCCGCAGGAAGAGCGACCUGCUCCGGACUCUCACCUCCGGCUCCCGGGAGUCCAACUCCACCAAGAAAAAAGCAGUGAAGGAGAAGCUUUCCAUUGAGGAGGAGCUGGAAAAGUGUAUCCAGGAUUUCCUCAAAAUCAAAAUCCCAGACAGGUUUCCAGAGAGGAAACAUCCCUGGCAAUCCGAACUGCUGCGGAAGUACCAUCUAUAGGCUCAAGGCGGGGGAAGCACACGACCUGCUCACUGUUAGAGCAAGGUUCUAAGUGAUAUGAAAAUAAUUCCCAAUAAUAAUUACUUGUUAGGUCACAAAUGAAACAAAAUCCAUCUCUAUAGUACUGCCUAAUUUGCCUCUUUCACCUUAACAUUUUAGUCCUAGGGCAACCAGAUUUUUUCCCGGUCGUGGAAGCACAAUGACAAACACUUUUCUUUGUAACUCUGAGUCUUACACAAGAUAAAUACCUUAAGGGGCACAUCCAUGCCGAGGGCAAGGGAUGCCUCAGUGCGGGAGGGGACGGCUGCUGCUCGCUCGGUGGAUGUGGCCCAUGGGCAUAGCAGUGUCCUGGUCCGGGCUUGCUGCCUCCCACCGUCUCCUUGUAGUGCAACAGUAUUGUUUGGGAGGAUGUACACCUGCUCACAGAAACAAGCUAGCCAUGACAGUUUACCUUAAGCAUGUGUAUAUAUAAUAUAUGUGCAUAUAUUAUGCUGUGUAUAUAUAUCUCUUUGUAUAUAUAUAUGUAUAUAUAAUUCAAUAUAUAUCUGCUUAAAGAUUUUCUGGCUCCUUCUCCUAACAACUGCAACUUUCUCAGAAAAGAAGCAUUUUUAAGCAGUCUCCUGGAUGUAUUGUUUCCUUCUUCAGGUCUCUUUGAGGGUUUGAACAGUAGAGAACUCAUCCCACGGUCCCUCUCCCUCUCUCCUCUUCCCCUCCUUCUCUGAGACACUGUAAAUGUAUUUCAGUGGAGACCAGGGAGCAGUGUGUGGGGCUUUGUUGCCGUCAGCAAAAUAUUCCGUUUGUUUUUUGAUGAUCUUGUUCCCUCUGUGUCCUCCCUGCGCCUCUUGUUGUGUUUCUCAAGGCUCUCCGGUACCAGUGGGUUGAACGCAUGCUGAUCGCAGUUGGAAAGCUGUAGGAAUUCUGCCGGUGCUGGUGAGGAUGGUGGAUUGCUGCAGGCACGCCAGGCGCGCUUGGCCUCAGCUCCUGCACAGAAGCCAUUCCAAGGAAUUACACGAGCCAUGUGCAGUGCAGUGACUGGCAGGGGAUCCUUGCUGCAGGACGGGAGGCAUGCACGUUUCAGGAGGCAAAACAAACCCCAGGAGGAGGUACCCGUGUUCCAGCCCCGCAGCCACCCCCUUCUGUGCCAGUCCCAUCCGCAGCUGGUGGCAGGACGGUAGCCAGCAAACCGUGCCAUGAGCUCUGCGUUGGCUGGGGAGCCAUGGGCAGGGCUGGUCCUGCACGGGUCAGAUCCCACAGCCACAGCCCUGGGGUGCAGAGCUCGGGGAAGGGGAGCGGUGGGGUGCAGCAGGCUGUCAGUGCCGGGUAGUGUGUGAGCAAGGGCUGAGGGUGCCGGGUGUUGGCAAGUGGUCCAAGGCACAGGGUCUGUGAAACCCGGUGCAGGUACAGGCUGGGGGCUCAGCUUGGGGCUGAGCUCAGGCUGCCAAGCCACGGAGAGUGAUGGAAAAAGGAAUUACUCCAGUUACCUGCUUUGGCCAUAGCUGGGGACAAAGCAGCUGGAGUAUUUGAGCUAAAUUAUUUGUUUUCUAAAGGCAUAGGAAGAAGGAGAUACUUCAUAUAUAUGUAAAAAUAUGGGAAGUGAUAGUACUGGUAACACAAAGCACUUUGACUCUAACUUUUCUAGUGUCCUGCAGGUUCCAGGGCUUCCCUCCUCUUUACUUUCAGAGGCUGCUAUGGGAGGUGAUGUCAAGUAUGCACAGAUGAUUUCUGUUCUUUUCACACAAGGUGAUGUCUUCAUCCUUGCAGGACUCCAUCGCACCCACCCGCCUGGCUGGGACAGUGCAGGGACACUGGUGUUGGGUCUGCCCAGGCACACAGGCACAGGUUCGUACCCAUUGCGCAGCUGCAGCAGUGCUUAUUGAGAGAUGCAAAUUUUACCAGCAGCAAAGGAAGCAAUAAUUGUCCAGAGGGAUCCCUGAGCAUGAGCUGGCUUUGGGGAGGGGAAAACCCUUCCAGGAAGUACAUCUCCCCGUCUUUGGAGCAUGGGGCUUGGACGUGGCAGCAGGCAUCAUCUCUGCUGAGGUUUUACACGAAGGAGGGUGCUGGUUUCUUGCAGCAAACAUCAGCGUUGGUAACAGAGUGAGGGUUGUGAAGCAGAGGCUGACUGGGAAGAGCAGGGCUCGGUGAGAAAACGCGGCACUUUCUUUGGAUCAGGCUCUAGAACCAAUUCAGACCUGGAAGUCAUGCAGCCCUCUGCUUACCUGCUCAAAAUGCCAAUUUUCACAUGGAAAUUGAUGUUUUUCACAAGAUCCAUGGAUUUGGCUGCUCUUAGUUAUUUGUUGGUUAGUUUAUAACAUUUUUCUUUUCCUACUCAACAUUUCCCACAUCUUGCCCCCCCUGCUCCGGCACCAAGCAAACAAAACUGGGGGACAGACAGGGCUGUACUCCAAUUUCCAGCUGAGUGUGUGGUUUUGGGACGGGUCACCACCGGCAGCAGGCUGCAGCUAAAACCUUGUCCUUCCCACCAUGCCAGAUGAUCCCCUUCUCUUUUUAAUGUCACAGAUACUGGGGCUCUAAAAUGUGUGACAGUGGAAGAACAGGCUCUGUGAGUGUGUGCGUGAGUGUGUGUGUUCCAGUGAUGUUCAAGGCGCGCAGGAUUGUGCGAUGAUUAAUAACUGUAGAAAAAUUAGACCAAACGAAAUGCGCCCAAAUGGGCUUUGAUUUAUGUGGCCUUCAUGUCUUUCAGUUUUAGAUGAAAUGUUAUUAUUCUCCAGUGCUACAGAAAUAAAGGUCUUAAACUUCAGUAAUCACACACAGGCCAACCUGCCAGGAACCACAACCAGGAUGGGGGCUGGAGGAGAGCGGGUGCCUGGAUAUGGAGGUACAUGCGGGUGUUCAUGUGCUCUUCUGCUGCUGUGUUACUGCAGGGUCUCAAUUUCUGAUCCAGCGUCAUGUUGCAGUUGUUUCACAGGAGCUAUGGGGCUGUGCUUUGAGGCUUUGUGCUGGCAGGCUCGAGAUGUAAGAGCCCCUGCUGCCAACAACCCCUGGGCAAUGGUGGGGAGCCCUCUCCCCUUCCCGGUGGGGCUCAGCCGCUGGAUGCUGCACAGCAUCUGUUACUGCUGCUUCCAAGCCCCUUCUUCCCCUCCUUUCCUUGCUGCUUUGCUCUGGACACCAAUCACCUACCAUGGCCAGAACUGGCACCCCACCAAAGCAGCCCACGCGUCUUGGGCACCUCAUUCUGCCACCAUCAGCUGGGCACUGGACCCUGCUGAGGAGCAGAGACGGGCAGCGUGGCCGUGGAAAAUGCUGCUCUCCACAGCCCCUUAGUUCACGUGCGGGCGGCAGCGGGUCAGAAAAAAGCAACCAGACCUUGUGCUGGUGGUGAUGGUCUCCUCCCUGUCCACAGAGGAUUUCUUAUCACACGAGGGUGAUAAGGUGUUAACUCUGGAAGACAUAUUCCCCAGAAUAGUGUUUGUGCACACAUACAUACAUACAAGUCCAUAUCCAUACCUACAGUAGAUGCAUGCACCGUGGGAGGAAGGCAUACACUCCUGCCUUCCUGGCAUGGUGGUUCUCCCCAUCUCAGGAUGUGGCACCAUUGACUGUUGGAAGGGGCAGGAAGAAAUUCCUGCACUAGGUGGGCAUGGAAAUGUUACAGCUGAUAUGGGGUGAUCAGGGAAAGGAGGGGGACAGAUGCAAUGGCAGUGAGGGGAAAUGAAACUGGAAAUAACAGGUUGUCUGAAAGGUAGCUGGGUUUGGAGCUCUGGGAAUAUUCAGCUCAAUUCUACUUUCUUUCAGUGAGAGAACCCGUGUCUGUCCCUAGCACAUUUUUGGUCACUUAGCGGUAGCAAGCUGGAAUGAAACUCAGUUAAAAGAGUAACUUUAUUCUUUCUAAAAUACCUGGGGAGCAAAAAUGGGAUUUGAGCUAUUUUCCGCACACAACAAAGACCAAAUACAGGUUCUGUUGAAACUAAUUUGAAAACUUACAUUGACUUCAGUGGGACUGAGACUCCCCUAAAAUACAUUUUCUCAAGAAAAACGGGCACUUACAUCAGUGAGGGUGAGGGAAGCCAUUAAGCUAUAAUAAAUUCACAUCCACUUAUGCUUCUUAUCACUUCUGUGUAUGGCAAAGAGGUCUGGUGUUUAGGGAUGCUCUUGUGCGGGCCGGUCUUUCAUUGCCACGGUCUGUUCAUAGUCUUGCUUAAGGCACUGAGCUGAAGGAGUGGGGAGGCUGAUGCACCCCUGUAUGAGCGCAGGGUGGGCAAGUGCCUUGUGGGGGGACUUGAGCAGGUCUCAGAGCAAUCACGAGGGGAGACCAAGGGAGAACACGGGAUUACAUAGACCUGUAGGAACCAAAUGACUUUAUUUUUUCCGCUAAAUCACAUGCACGCACCAUAUAGAGGCCUCACAGCACUCUGGAGAAUGUUUUGGGUUUUAAUGCUACUUUAGUGAGUCCAUUUAUUAUUUUACUUGCAAGACUGUGGCUGAAGGAGAAAACAAAGGUUGAUCUUUAUUGGCGAUGACCAUAACGUAAUGGAGUCCUUCAGCUGUACCACAUGCGGCUCUCCAAGCCCCAGGAAGGCUGGAGAACACCCCCCCCAAGUUCUCACCCUGCCCUGAAGCCCUUCCCACCAUUGCAAGUACAACAUGGACUUGACUUGUAGAGUACUUUAUGCAUAAGGCCCCAUGUGUAUCAUGGUACAAGAUAAUUGUCCAGAUCUUAUGGAUAGUUUAUGCCCCAACGGGGUUUUGUAGAUUAAAAGAACAAAAAAGCACUUUUAAAUUUAAAAUUAUUUAUAUUAUAAAAAGACACUCUUUAUUUUUCUUGGCAGCGAUAUCACCUUAGCUAAGGGAUCAGUUUAUAAGGAUGAUAUUACAGAUUUUAAACUAUAGCAAUGCGAAAGCAAAUGGGAAAAGGCAGAAUUGGGAGCUGAGCAGGGCAGAAGGUUCGGAGGAGGCAGCAGGGCCCGCAGCUGCCCCGCGACACCGGGGCGGGGGGGGCUGGGAACGUCCUCACCUACUCGGGGCCUUGCAUAUGUUACAUUUUCGGAACCUCAUACAAGCACUCGAUGACUUUGCCGAGGCUGAGUCAGUCUGUUGCACAUUGAUGUAGAUUAAGUGGCACCCACUGAAUUACCUCUCUACUUUCCAACGUGGUUCACUUGUACAUACGUGUAAUGUCAAACUGUUUACAGGUUAUUUUGUGCGUAAUAAUUGUGGAGAAAAAAAAAAGUUUUAACUACAAAUUUCAAGGAAUCAAUUUUACUGGAAGGUGUUUAAAGAAAUGAAUGUGCUUAAUACAGUAUAAGACAUCAUUGGUAAUGGUCUCACAUGAAUGCAUGUAUCUCCCGUGUUGUCAGUCCCACCAGUGAGGUUAUUGGCAAUAUCUGCAGUCUGUGAAUAGCAAAUAUGCAUCAACUACUGUGACUCUGACAAAUAUAAACUCGGUAACUGUUUCUACUGUGGUAUGUAAAAAAGAAAAUAGUCAUGUAGCUUUUAGCCUGCUGUAUUUCCCUGGUACAAAUAACACCAUGAAAGAAAGAAAAAACAGCUUGGAAAACCCAACCAUGUCAUAGUGACCUGUGUGGAGUCAUUCCUGCAAUGGCACCUGCCAGGUACUUGUGGUUCAGCUGCUAAAAAAAUGCCUGUUUCUAGAGGCUGGGAGGUGCUGGCGGCAGAGGUGAACCUCGUGUUCAGAGUGGUGAUGGAUGAAGAGAACUGCUUGGUGUUCCUCAUCCCAAUGCGCUAGUUAGGCAUUACACAGCGUGCUGGUGAGAAGUGCAGGCCGUCAGUGUUGGGGUGUUGAAAAUGCUAAUGUGCAGUUAAUGUGUGUCCUGCCAUUCAGAUAAACCAGUGCAAUAUACACUGUAAAAGCACAGACAAGAAUAAGUAAGUUGGUAUCCUUCAACUGUCAUAUACACACACAUAGAUACAUGCAUAUGUACAUACACAAAUACAUGCUUUCUUGCUGCCUGCAAUCUAGCAUUGGUUCCUGCAGGCUGGGGGUUACUCUCCCUAGGAGGUGGUGGGGUUGUUUUUUCCUCAUUUAUUUCUGGGUUGGGCUGAAAACACCAGUUGAACGGUCACAGGUGAGAUUCUUCCACCUCUGUCUUGAAAGAGAGAUUUUCUGAUGCCAUGAUUUUGAAAGUACUGUCACCAGCAGCAAUACUUCUGGAAAAGCCAUCGUCGAUCAGGGGCUACCUGCCAGGGUAUUUACAAGGAUACUUCGAAUACUUUUUAUCCUCUGUCGCUUCAAAGGGACUGGCUUCAUUGCAAAUGGAGAAAGCACAGGGCACAGCAGGAGGAGAAGGAUACAGAGGAAAAGGUGGGAUAUCUCUUCUGGAGGUGGAGAGCUGUCCCCAUGCCGUCCAUCCACAGAUAAUGCCUGGUAAGCAAGCUCUACAUUCCUCCAGAGCUGCUAGAAAGAUGAAAAGAGGGAACGGCUGCUGAGGGUGGCAGGCAGCCAUUUGCCAUCCUCUCCCCCAGCAGUGCUGUCCUUGGGAUGACAGGCUCAUCAGUUGGGUUUAUUGUCACAGCUUCUUCCCUUCUGCACAGCCACUUGGGGGAGGAUCAGGGCUUCAGCGCUGGCCCGGCUCGCAUCACUCUUCCAGCCCCAUGUGCAGUAUCCCUACUCAAAUUGGGGAAGCAUCACUGCAGGCCUGGGUCUGAAGGAGCCAGAACCCAGGCAUUGCUCAUUUUGGGGGCUGAGUGCCCCAGGUGACCUCUUUAAUUUCAUUUUAAUCUGUGGCACAUGGCUGUUCAGAAGAAGCCCUUUCUGGUGGCCACUUCCCAGGAGAAGGUGAAAGAGCCCAGCGCUGCAGAGCUCUCCCCAUAUGGCGCCUCACCAUCGCAGCGAUUUGGCUGUUACAGUGUCUGCAUGAGCAUAUGGAAGUCAAAGCAUUGCUGGAGGUUAGGGCUCCUCAGAUGGCAAGCGGGAUGCUCGCGCUGCUCCAGCCUGCGGUUGGCUGGCGCUGGAAGCCCUGGAGCCACAUGAGAACACGAUUCCCACCCCAGACGUCUGCCUCCUGCACCAACGGCUGCACGCCAGGGCCUGUGCGGCCAGCAAUGGGUCCCUGCCAGCCCCACACCGCUGUCACGGCUCCCACAGGAACCCACCGUGCCUGCAGCCGAGGACAUGAGGUGUGUGUGGAUGAGACCUUUGUGACUGCUGGAUUCUGAUUGUGCUGACUGAUCAGGGGUUUUUAAUGACAGUUUGGAAUAAACAAAACAAAGUUGGGGUUUUUAACAUGAAACUACAAAUAUCAUUUUGUCUAAACUGAAACGAAAGAAAUGCUUCAAGCAACAAAGAAAUUAUUAAUGAUUUCUUAUACCCAUUUUUGCUCUAUUCUGUUUGAAUUAGUUCAGGUUUGAACUGAAAAAUGAGAACAAAAGUUGAAAUCCUUCACUUUUAGAGCAGCCAUGUGGCCGUUGUCACACGAUUCAGCGUCUCCCCCUUACACACGGGCUUUUCCCAGCCUCUGUCCUGAGCAGGGCUCAGCACUGCACUGCCUGCACGCCUCUGGGGGCAGGAACCUGCAUUUUGCUAUACCUGACACUUGUGAGUAGUGCCUGGUCCUCUUGUUGUGUCAGGGCCAGUGUGAGAGCAAUGGAUGUUCGGGUUAGAAUACCUGUAAGAUAAUUCAAGUUACAAUACCUGUACGAUAAUUACUGAGGAUUUAAUUACCUUCCCUACGCAGCACUGUGUGAUGUGCAUGGGAAGCAGGAGAGCUUCCCUUUGGUACCAGGUGAUAUCAGAAAAUAACUUUAAUAUGCCUUACAACUAUAUAAUUAAAGGAGCUUAUAUAUAUAGAAAUAUAUAUAUAUAUACACACACACGAGUAUUUCUUUCCCUCACUGAUGGAGUUGCAGUGGUCGGGGCGGGCAGCACCAGGCCAGCUCUGUGCCACACAGGUAAGUGGUGGUGGGAAGAAUGGCACCAACUCAUCGCUGUUCAAACCCUGUCAGAGGAGAGGAAGCCUCUCCCCAGCUCUAACCUGACCAGUGAGAAGCUGCCCAAGCACUUCCCGUAUGGAGAAGAAGGUCUGGGAUGGGGAGGCUGCUGCCCCUUCUGCUCUCUGAGUGGAGCAAUUCCCGCAGGCAGGGUGAGGCAUCACCAUGGGCUUGGCAGGAUUGGGAAUACGUAAUUGCUGUGCCCCCAGAGCAGAUGGAAUGCGGUAUCCACUGGAGAAGGAAGAUCCCUCCACUGUUGGUGGGACUGUGGUGCUCAGGACGCAGCCCCUGCACCUCCCGCCUCUCCCCACUGACCGAGGGCAGGGGCAAGGCAAGGAGGAACCUUCUGCAGGGAACUGAGACAUGGAGGUUGUCUCAGAACACGAGCAGAGCACAGCAGAACCUCUCUUCCUGCUCCACUGCUCUCCCCAUUGCGGAGACCAGCCCCAUCACUCAGCAUCUGCAGAGAGAGCUCUGUAAAUACAGCAGGUUAAAAACUGGCAGAGUAACAGCGGAUCUGUAUUUAAUGCAGAUGUUUCCCAUGUUUUGUAGUAUUGUUUUAUUGAUAAAUAAAAAUCAGCCAAAGACAAAA